GUGCGAGCUGCUGGGGAAGAAAAGUGCGGCGGGGCUUUGGAGCCGGGCGCUCGGGGGCUUUGGGGCCGAGCUGCUGGGAAAGGCAGCUUCUGGUUGGCGAGCGGCAGCGCCGUGCGUCGGGGCCGGCGAGAAAGACUGCGAGCCAUGAAAGGCCGGCUGUGGCGGAGAGGGACGGCGAGCGGGAGACGGAGCGGCGGCGGCGGCGAGAGGCAAGUGCUGCUGUGGCUCGUGUGCGUUUGCGUGUGGGAGAGCGGGGCCGAAACGCUGCGCUAUUCGGUGGCGGAGGAAAUGGCGAGGGACUCGUUGGUGGGCAACGUCGCCCAGGACCUGGGGCUUUCUCCGAGCCAGCUCGCGGCUCGCAAGGCGCGCGUGGUGUCCGAGGGGAGCGAGCAGCAUUUCCGCCUCGAUCCGCACAGCGGCGUCCUGACGGUCACGGAGACGCUGGACCGAGAGCGGAUCUGUCCGCACAGCGAGAGCUGCGCGCUCUUGUUUAAGCUUUUCUUUGAGAACCCGGUGCAGCUGAUCCGCGGGGAGGUGGAGGUUCGGGACGUGAACGACCACUCUCCCGAGUUCCCCGAGAAGGAGAUGAUCUUAGAGAUUCUUGAAACGGCAUCUCCAGGGACUCGCUUCCUCUUAGGAAACGCGAGGGAUAGGGACAUGGGGACCAACGGGUUACGGAACUACAGCCUCUCCCCAAAUUCGCAUUUCUCCCUAAAUCAGGGAAUAGGUAAAGGGGGCGGCAGAUACGCGGAGCUCGUCCUGCAGAAGCCUUUGGACCGCGAGGAGCAGCGGGAGCUGCAUUUGGUGCUCACGGCCACGGACGGGGGCUCGCCGCCCAGGUCGGGCACGGCUCAGGUUCGGGUGGUGGUGCUGGAUGCCAACGACAACAUGCCGGUGUUCUCGCGGGAGGUGUACGAGGUGCGCGUGGCCGAGAACAGCCCCCCGGGGCAGCUGGUGGUCCGGGUGUCGGCCGCGGAUCCCGACGAAGGCUCCAACGGCAAAGUGCGGUACACCUUCACUGAGAUGUCAGAGCAGUCGCAACAGCUGUAUGAGCUGAACCCUGAAACUGGGGAGAUUCGGGUCUCAGGGAAUUUGGAUUACGAAGAAGAAAAAAUGCACGAGCUCGUGGUGAGAGCUAUGGAUGGCGGUGGUCUGUCUGCGCACUGCAGAGUGCACGUGGAGGUGCUGGACGUGAACGACAACGCGCCGGAGAUCGCGCUGAGCUCCGUGAGCGCCUCCAUCCCCGAGGACGCCCCGCCCCGCACCGUGGUGGCCCUGCUGAGCGUGCGGGACCGCGACUCCGGCGACAACGGGCGGACGGAGUGCGCCAUCGAGGGCGACGUGCCGUUCAGCCUGACGGCCGCUUUCGCCAACCACUACGAGCUGCGCACCAGCGCGGCCCUGGACAGGGAGACGACGGCCGAGUACAACGUGAGCAUCGUGGCCACGGACUGGGGCCGGGCGCGGCUGAGCGCUCGCGAAAGCGUGUCGGUGCGCAUCGCCGACGUGAACGACAACGCGCCGCGCUUCACGCAGGCGGCGUACAGCAUGUCGGUGAGCGAGAACGAGGCGGGCGCGGUGCGGAUCGGCAGCGUGAAGGCGACGGACGCGGACGCGGGCGCGAACGGGCGCGUGAGGUACGCGCUGGUGCGGGAGGAGGGCGAGGAGCGGCCCGCCGUGUCGGUGGACGCCGAGAGCGGGGCCGUGUCCGUCGUGCGGCCGCUGGACUACGAGGAGGUGCGCGCCGUGGAGGUGACGGUGCGCGCCGCCGACGGGGGCUCGCCGCCGCGGAGCGCCACGGCGCUGCUGCGGGUGCUGGUGCGGGACGAGAACGACAACGCGCCCGUGGUGCUGCACCCGCCGGCCGACGGCGGCGCGGCGCUGGGCGAGCUGGUGCCGCGGCGGGCGCGGGCGGGCUACCUGGUGGCCAAGGUGGUGGCGGUGGACGCGGACGCGGGGCAGAACGCGUGGCUGUGCUACGAGCUGGCCAAGGCGACGGAGCCGGGGCUGUUCCGCGUGGGGCUGCACAGCGGCGAGGUGCGCACGGCGCGGGCCGUGGGCGAGCGCGACGCGGCCCGGCACAGGCUGGUGGUGCUGGUGCGGGACCGCGGGCGGCCGCCGCGCUCCGCCAGCGCCACCCUCGCCGUCGCCCUGGCCGACGGCUUCUCGGAAGGCCACCUGCGGGCGAGCGAAGAGGCGCCGGCCGCCGAGCCCGACGGCCGCCUCACCCUCUACCUCAGCGUCUGCUUGGCCUGCGUGUCCGCGCUCUUCGUGGCCGGCGCGGCGGCCGCCGUGGCCGCCAAGGUGCGGCGGGCCCGGCGGGGCGAGCCGGGGACCUUGCCCACCUUCCCGCAGUCCGCCGCCGACAGCAGCGCCGGCUCCCUGCCCCGCAGCUACGUCUACGACGUCCGCCUCGCCGCCGGCACCGUCAACAGCGAGUUCCGCUUCCUCGGGCCGCUCUUGCCCUGCUUCCCCGCCGGGCUGCCGCAGGGCGCGGCCGAGCAGCGGAGCUCGCUCUGCUCGGCCGGCCUCGGGCAAGAAGAAGGCGACUGGGCUGUGCAGGGCCGAGCUCCCCUCUCUGAAGGCACGGCUCCCGGGGCAGCAGAGGAGAAUGCCAGUUUGGAUCAAAGCCCCUGGCUCAGCCAUCAGUAAGGGAGGAGAAGGAGCAGCAUCUCGAUCCUCGUGGGCUGAUGUCUUCGAAGUGAAAUGAAGGAGGGACCAAACACAUGCCAAAAAUGUACCAAGGAAAUGCAGUACUGCUGUGUGAGAGUGCAAGGACACUCCUGUUAACCAGUCCUUCAUGUAUUUAGUAUGAACCCUUGAUAAGUCAGCAGGGUCUUGCAUGCUGCAAACACUGACAUUUGAUAUCUAAUUGUUGUAGUGCUAUUGCUGCUAAGUAUUAAGUGAAAAUGGAAAGAAAAAGUUGGAUGGGGGCCUUGGGCAACCCGGUCUAGUAUUAAAUGGGGAGGUUGGUGGCCAUGCCUGUUGUAGUGGGGUUGCAGAUUCAUGAUCCCUGAGGUCCCUUCCAACCUGGGCCAUUCUGUGAUUCUCUAAUAUUCAAGGUAUUGUUUUCCUACGUGUGUUUUUAUGCAUUGUUUUGUUGUUGUUGUUGUUGUCAGGUGGGCUCUGUAAUAUUGUAAUCUAUUCAAUGCCAGGUUGUGAAUCUAUUAAUCAAAGCUGAAUGUUUCCAGCAAAAGUAUUCUUGAAUAACACUGGGAAGCUGGCUGCCUUUGAGAUGACUGACGUUCACACUGUGCACGUGCAAUCAGGAGUUCUUGGGUUUUGUAUGUUGUACCGGGUGGUCUUUGAGCACUGUAUUUGGUUUUGGAUUGGUUUGAUUUCUUUCUCAACAUGAAGUCUAAAUGAAUGGUUCUAGAGCAUUCCAGGAUUAUGGAAUAUAGAUAUGAAGAGAUAAUAAAAUCUUCAAAGCCAUGUGCUAUUUCCCAUUGCUCACAUAUUUCCUGGAGUUGAAUGCCUGGUCACAGAAACCAGUAAAAUCUGCUGAGAAAUCUGUCAGAAGAUGAGCUUCAAUCUUACGUACAAAGUUAUUAUUGUAGUGAAAAGGUGCGUUAAGCAUCACUGUUGCUGUUACAGCCUUCUCCACCUGAAGCUGAAGGGUCACGUGUCCCUGUGAA